AUCAAUCUCCUCCACCCACCCACCACCUGCCUGUCUCCAGCUGCCAUCUAUCAUACACCAAUACAACCACCUCUAACGUCUACCAUCCAAGACCCUCCCAGCCACAUGACCACCUGUACCCCAUUCUGCACCCACCCUCCCCCUAUCACAUCAAUUUAGUUGUUCACUCCCAUCCCACCCACUCAGCUUCCGUCCACCCUCCAGCUCUGCCUAUCCACAGCCCACCACUGGCUGCUCACCCACCAUUCAGCAUCCACUCUACACCACGCACCAGCCGUCUGUCCACCACCUAGCGGCUCUUGUCCACUGCACCCCAUCUCUCCUCCUCCAUCAUUCCUCCAUUAACCAUGCACCUUCAUGAUCCUCCAUGAAGGUCACCCACAACCCUCCCAUCCACUCCCAUUAAUCAUCAUUUCCCGGCGUCCACAGUCCAUUCAGGCCAGGAGGCAGGAGGGGGAGCUGCCUCAGGUGGACAUUCAGCCUCAUCAGUGGGCAGACCAGGCUCAGCCUCACCAGCACCGGGAGGAGGGGGUGAGCCCAGAGGUGGUCACCGGGCAGGGCAGUCCUGCCGCCCCUCUUCCUAGGCACCCGAGCUCCUCAAGCCCUGAAGGGCAGGCGUGGGAGGCUGAGAAGUCACUUCCGGAGGGGCGAGAGUCGCCGGGCGGGUCUGAAGGUGAAGAUGUGGCGUCCGUGGCCCCCGCCCCCGCUCACGUGGGCCGGUGGGGGCAAAGUCCCCUGGGCCGCGGAGCGAGAGAGACGCGAUGGGCGCGCUGGGACGGCUCCUGCUGGGGCUGCAGCUGUGCGCGCUGACCCGGGCCGCCUACAAAUUCUGGGUCCCCAACACCGGCUUCGAUACCGCCACCAACUGGAACCAGAACCGGACACCGUGCGCCGGAGGCGCUGUCCAGUUCCCUGCAGACAAGAUGGUGUCAAUCCUGGUGCAAGAAAGUCACACCGUCUCGGAUAUGCUGCUGCCGCUGGACGGGGAACUCGUGCUGGCCUCGGGAGCGGGAUUCAGCGCGGCAGCCCGGGGCUCGGACCCGGACUGUGGCUCAGACCCCCCGGCGCUCUUCCGCAACCCCGACCGCUUCUCCUGGGUCGACCCACGCCUGUGGCGCUCGGAGGAGGCGCGCGGCUUCUUCUCCGUGGACGCCGAGCGCGUGCCCUGCAGUCACGACGACGUCGUCUUCCCGCCCGACGGCUCCUUUCGCGUGGGGCUCGGCCUCGGCGCCGGCCCCGUGCGCGUCCGCAGCAUCUCGGCUCUGGGCCAGACGUUCACGCGCGACGAGGACCUGGCCGCUUUCUUGGCGUCGCGAUCGGGCCGCCUGCACUUCCACGGACCAGGCGCGCUGAGCCUGGGCUCCGAGGCCUGCGCCGACCCGUCGGGCUGCGUGUGCGGCACCGCCGAGGCUCUGCCCUGGGUCUGCGCGGCGCUCCUGCAGCCCCUGGGCGGCCGCUGCCCCCAGGCCUCCUGCCACGACGCCCUCCGGCCUGAGGGGCAGUGCUGCGACCUCUGCGGAGCCAUCGUGUCGUUGACGCACAGCUCCGCAUUUGAUCUGCAGCGGUACCGGGCGCGGCUGCUGGAUGCCUUCCUGUCACUGCCCCAGUACCAAGGGCUGCAAGUGGCGGUGUCCAGGGUGCCGCGCUGGUCCCGGCUGCGGGAGGCCGACACCGAGAUCCAGGUGGUGCUGGCGGACACUGGACCCGAGACCGGCGGCGCGGGGCGGCUGGCCCGGGCCCUCGUGGCGGACGUGGCGGAGCAAGGCGAGGCCCUCGGGGUCCUAUCGGCCGUCCUGCGGGAGUCGGGCGCGCCAGUCGGGGGCGACUCCACGGCCGAGCAGAACGCGCCCGGGUCCCGCGCGGGGCUCGCAGGCGGCGUGGUGGCCGCGGUGCUGCCGGUGCUGUUGGCGCUGCUGGGGAUCGUGCUGCUGCGCCGCACCGGGAGGCUCAGGUGGAGGAGGCAGGAGGAGGCAGAGCCCGCCCCUGCGGGGACGCCCUCGGGCUUCAGCAACCCGGUAUUCUUCGUGGCGACCUCGGAGGAGCCGCCCCCAGUGCGGCCUUGCAGUCCCGCCCUGAAGUUGGACAGCAGCACAAGCCACAGCUACUUUGACAACCCGCUCUUCGCUGGCGAGGCUGAGGCCUGACCACUGCUGGCGCCCACCUCCUACCCUGUUGCCCCCUCCUGUGGGGGUGCUGGGUCUCUGACUUGCGGCCUCCUCAUCCCUGAGACCUUAGUUCUUUUCCUGUCUUCUUUGAAGGCCAAGGAUAGGCUGGUCUUGCCCAAUAAAGGGUUUUUUUUUUCUCUUGC